GCCAGAGAAGAGAUGUCUUUUUCCGAUUCUCAGUCUACUUCGCCUGCAAAAUCUAGCUUUGACCACAGCGCUGGAACCUCGCUAACGAGUGCAGAGAAUGUAGAGGAAGGACCAAAACUCGAAGUUGGUGUCUUUUCUGAGAGGAAAGCAAGCGAGACAGAGGAUGCUACUAGCGAGGACCUUAACCUAGUGGAAUGGGACGGUCCCGACGACCCCGAAAAUCCUCAAAACUUCACAACUGCGAGGAAGUGGGCGAUCACCAUGCUAUUAUCUUCGCUUACGGUAUGGGUUGCAUUCUCAACUAGCGUGUUUAGUCAGGCCACCCGAGUGACUGCCAAGGAGUUCGGUGUAUCCGAUGAGGUUAUAAUCCUGGCAACCAGUCUGCCACUUUUCGGAUUUGCACUUGGUCCGCUACUGUGGGGCCCGGUUUCCGAGCUAUUUGGCAGAAAAGGACCGUUUUUCCUUGGCUAUUUUGUCUUCAUCAUCUUCCAAAUUCCAGUUGCUGCUGCUCAGAACGUGGAGACAAUUAUGCUUGCUCGGUUUUUAAUCGGAUUCUUCGGCUGUGCUCCCUCAGCUAUUGUCGGAGGCGUGCUAGCUGAUAUUUGGAAUCCUGUCGAUCGAGGAGUAGCAAUGGCUUUAUUCGCUGGAGGAACAUUCGGUGGCCCUACUUUGGGCCCAAUUCUCGGUGGCUUUAUUGUCCAAUCUCGGCUGGGAUGGCGGUGGACAGCUUGGAUUAACUUAAUUGCCGCUGGGUUAUUUAUGAUCAUUGCCUUGCCUAUUGUUCCCGAGACAUACCAGCCCGUCAUUCUUCAAAGACGGGCGGCUCGUCUACGGUUAAAAACAGGGAAUUGGGCAUACCAUAGUAGAAUGGACGAAACCCAUCCCGGGGCUGGAGACAUGCUUGUUCGAUACGUCAAGCGCCCGUUUCAGAUGCUUUUCUUAGAGCCCAUUUUACUCUGCAUCACCCUUUAUCUUGCCGUGAUAUAUGGAAUUCUGUACCUGCUCUUUGAAUCCUAUCCGUACUCAUUCCAAGAAAUCCGUGGUUGGAAGAGCGCCGGAGUUGCAGCCCUACCAUUUUUAGCUGUCCUAAUCGGAGUUCUGCUUGGAUGCAUUUAUAUCAUUUUCCUGACCAAAACGAGGUUUGCCCGUAAGUUGCAAAAAAACGGACGCCUGAUUCCCGAAGAACGUCUCAUUCCUAUGUUCCUUGGCUCAGUUCUUCUACCUAUUGGUCUCUUCUGGUUCGGUUGGACAUCCGACAAGAACAUUAACUGGGUGGCACAAGCGUUAGCUGGCAUACCUAUCGGUGCUGGUAUUCUCAUUAUUUUCAUGCAGGGAUUGAACUAUGUGGUUGAUGUGUACUUGACUUUUGCCAAUUCCGCGAUUGCGGCCACCACUUUGUUCCGAAGUCUUCUGGGAGGUAGUUUCCCGCUUUUUGCUAUGCAGAUGUACAAGAAACUUGGCGUGCCUUGGGCAACUAGUCUCUUGGCAUUCUUGACUGUUGCCAUGAUUCCUAUUCCCAUUCUAUUUUAUUUUUAUGGGGCUAAGAUUCGCAGUUUGAGUCGCUUCAAUUUUGGCACCUAG